UUGAAAGAAAGAACCAAACACCCCCGCAUCCAUAAUUGCCAUUGCGCACUUCUCCCCCUUCCAUUUCCUGCACGUGCUCUCUCUCUCUCUCCCCCCUCCUAGGGAUGAUACUCUGUCUCUUCUUCUUCUUCUCUUUCGCGCUGUCUUCUUCUUCUUCUCCAAUCUCACCUCUAUUCGAAUCACAUUCUUCCUCUUCCUCCUCCUCUCUCUAAUUCACCCCAAAACCAAUCACAAGGAGGAGGGAGAACAGUUCUCUCAACCCUUUUUAUCAUGCAAUAGAACCCAAUCCAUGGCUUACAAUAGGCUGCCCAACAGCGGACAUAACAGCCCAUCUCCUCCUCAGUCCCCCCUCCGCUCCCCCAGACACCGGCACGCCCGUUCUAAACAGCCAAGGUUUACGUCCGCUCAACCUCCUCGGACUCUAGUCCAACGGAUUUCUUGGAUCCUUUUAUCUGUACUUCUUCGAAGACAGGGGAUCUUUCUUUUUGCACCGUUGUUAUAUAUAUCCGGUAUGUUGUUUUAUAUGGGUACUGUCUCAUUUGACGUUGUUCCUGUUAUUAAUCAUCGACCUGCUUCCGGCUCUGUUUAUCGGAGUCCUCAACUAUAUGCUAAGCUUCGCCAUGAAAUGGAUGCGGAUAAUUCUUCUGCCGAUGCGAUAUCGACCAUAUGGAAGCACUCCAAAGGUGGUUCAUGGAAACCGUGUGUCAACAAGUUAGUGGGAGAACUUCCAGAGUCUAAUGGGUACAUCUAUGUUGAGGCAAAUGGUGGUUUGAACCAGCAAAGGACAUCGAUAUGCAAUGCUGUUGCUGUAGCAGGUUAUCUUAAUGCAACACUUGUAAUUCCCAACUUCCAUUUUCACAGCAUCUGGAGAGAUCCCAGCAAAUUUAGUGACAUUUAUGAUGAAGAUUAUUUCAUUAAAACCUUGAACAACGAUGUAAGAAUAGUUGACACAAUUCCGCAGUACCUUAUGGAGCGAUUUGAUCACAAUAUGAGCAAUGUGCAUAACUUCAGGAUAAAGGCAUGGGCACCUAUUGAUUACUAUGUAGAUACAGUACUUCCUAAGCUACUUGAAGAAAAGAUAAUAAGGAUAUCUCCUUUUGCAAAUCGGUUGUCAUUUGAUGCUCCUCCAGCUGUUCAAAGGCUUAGAUGCUUGGCAAAUUAUGAAGCUUUAAGGUUUUCAAAUCCUUUGUUGACAAUGGGGGAAACUCUAGUAGCAAGAAUGAAAGAACGGAGCACAAAUUCUAGUGGAAAAUAUGUUUCUGUUCACCUCCGGUUUGAAGAGGAUAUGGUUGCCUUUUCAUGUUGUAUCUAUGAUGGCGGCUUGAAAGAGAAGACUGAUAUGGAUGCUGCUAGGGAGAGAGGUUGGAAGGGGAAGUUCACCAAGCGUGGUCGAGUUAUUCGUCCUGGGGCAAUUAGAAUUGAUGGAAAAUGUCCUCUUACUCCCCUCGAGGUUGGUUUGAUGCUCAGAGGUAUGGGAUUCGAUAGAAGCACAUCUAUCUAUUUGGCAUCUGGGAGAAUAUACGACGCUGAAAGAAAAAUGGCGCCUUUAUUGGAAAUGUUUCCACUUUUACAGACUAAAGAGAUGCUGGCAUCACCCGAAGAACUCGCUCCUUUUAUGAUUUAUUCUUCAAGGAUGGCUGCUGUAGACUAUACAGUUUGUCUUAAUAGCGAGGUAUUUGUUACGACCCAAGGUGGAAACUUCCCUCAUUUUCUAUUGGGCCAUCGGAGAUACUUAUAUGGCGGACAUUCCCAGACAAUCAGACCAGAUAAGCGGAAGUUGGCCUUGUUCUUCGACAAUCCAAAUAUUGGUUGGAAAGGGUUCAAGAAACACAUGCUUAGCAUGAGAGCCCGUAGUGACUCAAAAGGUAUUGAGCUAAAAAGGCCAAAUGACUCGAUAUACUCAUUCCCUUGCCCGGAUUGUAUGUGUCGUGCCAAUAGAUCAGAAGAUUCUAGAACAAAUUCGUCAGCAAAUGCAACAUCAACAACGUGAUUGUCUGCCAUCGCCUACUUUAUAUAUCUCUAUAUAUGGGUGCUAACCUCCAUUUUACCUUUACCAGCAACAUUCUUUCGAUUUUUUUUCACUCGAGUCACGUGGCUUGGCAUCAUCAUUGGGGAUUUGGAGCAUUUGCAGAAGGGAAGAAGAUUGGUAAGGAUUUUUUUAUUAUUUUAGUGAAGGAGGAGAAGAAGAAGGGUUUGAUAACUGAAAAAAAAACAAAAAAAUGGAAAAGAAAGGUUAGAAGAGGAAAUUAUAGAGACAGUUAUCCUUGUUUAGGAAGGAGUUAUGGGUGUUUUUUGUACAUUAAUAUCAUGUUUUUCUGUUUUAGUGAGAGCUGUAAAAAUAUGGGUAGAGCAGACAGGACAGAUUAACAACAGUUGAUUCUUCUUCUUAUUAUUAU